UUAAUUUUAUUCUUUUAAACUUCUCUUAAUUAAUAUUAGGUUUAAAUGAAAUACAUUAAUAUCUGUGAAGUCUAAAUUUAUAAAGUUGUUGCAAUAGCUUGAAAGUUUUCAUCUUGUAAAACUAGAAUAACUUAGUGGAAUCAUUCAUGUAGGGCAAGUUGCUGAUGUGGCAUUCAAAUGGAAUUUAUCAGAAUCAAUUAGAAAAACAAACUCCUCUCAUUUAUGAAAACAGAAAACAGUAACAGGUAGGGAAAAGGGUACAUAUAUUUUUCAUCUUCUUUGAACAUAUAAAUAUAAUUUUGAAAUUGAAAAUUCAUGCCUAGUGACAAAAUAGUCUCCACUUUUAAGGAGUAGCCUCACUAUUUCACAUAUGAUAACUUCUGGAACCCGUAAUUCAAUUUAAAUAACUGAUGAUGUUGUUCGGUGUUUAUUUUACUAGAGGAAAAUUGUGUGUGUGUGUAUGUGAUGACAGUUCUCGUAGGUAUUUGAUAAGAGGUGUAGAAUGAAUCAGUUGAGUCGUAGUGGUCUGAUAUCUGUUUUUAAGUUCUUUUUGACCCAGGAGUCUGUGACCUGUGAAAUCUCCACAUUUUUGGAUUUGUUAAGAUAUUUUAUAGUACGGAGAUUUAAAUUUACAUGAACAUUACUGCAAGAAGUUGGCUGAUGUAGCCCAAAAGUUACAUCCAGGUGUAUAUUGAAAAAGUUUAAGUUCUGACAGCAAUCAACAUGUGUGAGAAGAGGGAGGCUAAUGCUAAGGAAGUUUCUUCUCCAGCUUAUUACAGCAAAGAGAACCUGAAAUUUAACCUGAUAUUUUCAAUGUUCUAAUUACCUCAGCAGCAUUCCAUGUUGUGAAAGCAUUGCCAAGAAAAUGUACUCAAAUCUUGAGUUACAAACUGUUCUUACAUUUGAUUGGAAGGAACGUAUGAGUUGUUUAUAAGGUAUUACAGAUCCAAAGUGGCUCAAAUGAAGGUCGAGACUUGGGGGAGGGUUCGAGUCAGGGAAGGGAAGCUUCCUAGACAUUACAGCUCUGUCCAGAGGCCAAAUGGGAGAUAAAUCACUGCUGGCCACCUCUCUUAUUAUUGAAAUGGUUCAGCCCUGGGGUUUAACUGAAGGACUUACAGCGUUUUGAAGUGCAAAUAGGAUGGUGAAGGGUAAACCCUUUUAGGGCUUCAUUUUGAUGGAUUUUUUUCCUGUGUGGAUUUCUGGCACUGACUGUGAUCUGGAAGAAGCCCUGAAAAAAGAAGUUUUGUUUUGUUUUUGAUCAAUCAGGCAAUACGAACUUUCCACAGGGGUGUACUUUUCCUGCAUGCAAUAUUGAUCCUAUUGUGUUUAAAAGUAGAUAUUUUAAUUGAGUCUUUUUUUGAGUUUCUGCAAUACAACUGUCAUUUCAAGGUCAUGUCUCUUUCCCAAUAUUAAUGCCAAAGUUUUGGAUCAGGAGUUUUUUCAGAGGAUUACUUAAGGUCAGUGUGUUAAACAAAGUUGUCUAGUUAAAGAUCAAGUCCAUAGUAGAACAAAUCUUUUAUGUAUUGAUAAGCAGUCUAUAAUUAAUUUUUCCCCAAUGAGUUAUAUAAUUGUAUAUAUUCAUUUCAUUAUUUUAUGUGUUAUAUUUUUCCAGUAUUAAAAUAAAAACCAGAAAUUCUGAGAUUGUGAAGCAUUCGUACUAUUUUAUUUGUACAGAUACACUGAAGUGUUUGAGGAAAUAAGGAAAACAAAAAAUGUUUAAGAAAAAGAUGUUGAUUUACCAAGUUGAAAAUUUUUCUUUUAUCCUACAAAUAAUCCAAAUGUAGGAGACAAAAAAGUAUAUUUUAAAUUUUAUGUUUUUCAAGUAAAAUAGGGAUGAAGAGUCAUUAGUGACUCCAAAGAAAAAUAAUUGUAUCUUAAGGGUUUUUUGUGCAAAAUUUUAAAGAAAAAUUGAAAUAUUUGUAUUAAAGAAAUAAUGUCAUUAUAAAUGACAUUUCUUAAAAUAAGGUUAACAGAACUUUUCUUGAGCAUUUAGCUCUUUACUUUAGAUUUAACAAAGAUAUUUGUUAUCAUUCACCCUGUUUGAAAAUAACGUAUUUAUUUAGCUGCAGCAGAAUUCUGUGUUGCUUGAGAGCUAUUAUAAAAACAGGUUGUUAAUCUUCAUAAUUGACAUUGAUCACACAAUGUUCUUAAUUGCCCUCCAAGUCAGUUUUUGUUUUUCCAUUCUUCUAAAAUUUCUCUUACUGUAUUUAUCUAAAUGUUGGUGUUAAUUUAAAAUUAAAUUUAAAUGCUAGAGUUUAAAUUUGCUUUUUGCUGCAUUAAGAUUUUAAAUAAGAUACUUUAAAAAAUAAAAACCAAAACCACAAAAACCUAGAUGGCAUCAAGCAGAGUCCCCUGCAUCUACAGCAUUCAUGUCAUUAGUUAGUUGCAGGGAGAUAUUAAUAUGACCUUUUCUUUGUUAUUAAAAAAAAAGAGAGAGAGAGAGCUCUAGUUCUUCCCAGAAUCAUCUUGUUAACUAUAUCUUCAACCCAAGCUGGAGGUUGUCUUAUGAAUGAAUGGUGAGGGUUUUUUUAAUGAGCUGACAUAUUGUUGACAUUGUAUCACAGGUUGCUUUUUAAUUUCUAAUGUGUAUUUAAUUUGCAAAGCAUGCAUAUGCGUUUCACAGCAGUAGAACCAAGCCAGCAUUUCUGAGUCUAGAUAUUGCUUUAUGCAGACAGGAUGGGUCAGGCUUAAGGAUGCUGUACAAUGAAUCUUAAAUUUACUGAAACACAUGUGAAUGAAUUUCACUUUGAAUAUUGUUGAAUGAAAGAAGAUACUCGAGAAAGCGCGCCCCCCUCCCCCCACCACAAGAACUUCUCUUGCCUCUUGGCAAGUGAAUUGCCCCAAUAUAAAAGCGUUGAGGGGGGGGAAAGUGAGCCACAGAGUGAAAAGGCAAUCCACAAAUAAUCACUCUUUUCUGCCUUUGAUUGUGUCAGAUUUUUUUUGUGUGUGUGGCAAUUGUUUUCUUUUUCGCUUAGAAGAGGUUUAUGGUCCAAUGUCUGUCAAGUCAGCCCCUGUCUUAAGGUUGCAGUUGUAUUUCUCUCUGGAGUUCCUAGAGGUGAUGUUAUCUUUUGUUCACUCAGCAGUGUGGUGGUUCCUGAGAGCAUCUGUCACUUUAGGCAUUACAAGAUGGAUGGGUCUCCAGUGAGCUGCUGGUUGAAGCAAAUGGUGAAAUUAAGAAAAGACAAGGGGUUUCAGGGUCUGCAGAGAGGACAGACAACAAGGAAAUAACUGUUAGAAAUCAAGAGUAAGCUGAGCAAUAGAGGAAGAGAGAGCAAAGAUGGAUCAGAUGUCCUUUUAUAAACGUCUUGGAAAUCAGAGUUUUGGGGUGGCUACUGUGAUCUGAAGGGGACAUCUGCAUCAUGGUACAAAAAAGCUUUAAACAAGUAAAAUCUAGGCAACAGGCUCCCUGAAGUGUUGACAGCUCAACUUAAUCAUGAACGUGACUCAAAAAUGUUAAUAAAUAAACCAAGACCAUGGGGAAUUCAUAUGCUGGGCAGCUGAAAUCUGCUCGAUUUGAGGAAGCUCUUCACAACUCCAUAGAAGCCUCUCUCAGAUGUAGUAGUGUGGUGCCACGACCAAUUUUUUCCCAGCUGUACCUGGACCCUGACCAGCAUUCUUUCUCAUCUGCAGAUGUCAAACCCAAAGUGGAGGAUCUGGAUAAAGAUUUGGUACACCGCUACACUCAAAAUGGAAGCCUGGAUUUUUCUAACAAUCUAACAGUUAAUGAAAUGGAAGAUGACGAAGAUGAUGAAGAAAUGUCUGAUUCGAAUAGCCCACCAAUUCCCUAUUCACAAAAACCUGCCCCAGAAGGGUCUUGCACUACAGAUGGUUUUUGUCAAGCGGGAAAGGAUUUGCGUUUGGUUUCUCUGUGUAUGGAACAAAUCGACAUCCCAGCAGGAUUCCUCCUGGUGGGGGCGAAGUCUCCCAAUCUUCCUGAACACAUCCUGGUGUGUGCUGUAGACAAGAGAUUUCUACCAGAUGAUCAUGGGAAAAAUGCACUUUUAGGGUUUUCUGGAAACUGUAUCGGCUGUGGAGAAAGAGGAUUUCGGUAUUUCACAGAAUUUUCCAACCACAUUAACUUGAAGCUCACCACCCAGCCAAAGAAGCAGAAGCACUUAAAGUACUACCUAGUCAGAAGCUCCCAGGGUGUACUGUCGAAGGGACCUCUUAUCUGCUGGAAAGAAUGUAGAAGCCGACAAUCCUCUACCACUUGCCACUCCAUUAAACCAAAUUCUUCAGUGUCAUCAAGUGUGACCCCAGAAAAUGGCACAACAAAUGGAUACAAAUCAGGAUUCAUUCAGACAGAUGCUGCUAAUGGCAACAGUAGCCAUGGAGGAAAGAGCAGUGCUUCUGGCUCCACUCCAGCCCGCCCUGGAAGUUACUCUUUGUCACCAAGACCUAGCUUUGCCUCAGGAGACCAAGCUACCAUGUUCAUUUCUGGGCCACCAAAGAAACGACACCGAGGAUGGUAUCCUGGCUCACCUGUUCCCCAACCUGGUUUAGUUGUACCUAUUCCCACAGUUCGCCCCCUUUCAAGAACUGAGUCCCUUUUAUCUGCCCCAGUUCCACAGACUCCAUUAACUGGAAUUUUACAACCUCGACCCAUUCCUGCAGGGGAAACUGUAAUUGUUCCUGAAAAUCUGCUGAGUAACUCAGGAGUUAGACCAGUAAUCCUGAUAGGCUAUGGCACUUUACCCUAUUUCUAUGGAAAUGUUGGUGACAUUGUUGUGAGUCCUCUGCUGGUGAAUUGCUACAAGAUUCCACAGUUGGAAAACAAAGAUUUGGAACAAUUAGGGUUGACUGGCAGCCAGCUCCUGAGCGUGGAAAACAUGAUUCUUCUGACCAUACAGUAUCUUGUGCGGCUGGGUCCUGACCAGAUACCUCUCAGGGAAGAGUUUGAGCAAAUUAUGCUGAAAGCUAUGCAGGAGUUUACUCUUCGAGAGAGAGCCCUGCAGAUGGGGGCUCAGUGCACACCCGUGUCACCAGGACAGCUGCCCUGGCUGGCUCGGUUAAUUGCCAGCGUAUCUCAAGACUUGGUUCAUGUGAUUGUGACCCAGAACUCUUUGGCAGAGGGUAUUUCAGAGACAUUGAGGACUCUCAGUGAAAUGAGACACUAUCAAAAACUACCAGAUUAUGUUGUGACAAUUUGUGCAUCGAAAAUCAGAGGAAAUGAAUUUUGUGUGGUAGUAUUAGGUCAGCAUCAGUCCAGAGCUCUGGCAGAGAGCAUGCUCACCACAAGUGAGUUUUUGAAAGAAAUUAGCUAUGAGCUCAUCACAGGAAAGGUCAGUUUCCUGGCAUCGCAUUUCAAAACCACAUCAUUAGGAGAUGACCUAGACAAGCUACUAGAAAAAAUGCAACAGAGAAGAGGAGAUAGUGUGGUGACCCCUUUCAACGGAGACCUUAACGAAUGUGUGUCCCCUCAGGAGGCUGCGGCUAUGAUCCCCACGCAGAACCUGGAUUCAGAUAAUGAAACCUUCCAAAUUUAUCAGCCGCAGCUCACCGUUGCCAGAAAACUCUUGUCCCAGGUGUGUGCUAUAGCAGACAGCGGCAGCCAGAGCUUGGACCUUGGCCACUUCAGCAAAGUGGACUUCAUCAUCAUUGUCCCGAGAUCAGAGGUUCUGGUCCAGCAGACUCUUCAACGGAUCCGACAAUCGGGUGUCCUUGUAGACUUGGGUCUGGAGGAAAAUGGGACGGCCUAUCAGAGAGCAGAGAAAUACGUGGUUCGUCUAGACAAUGAGAUUCAAACCAAGUUUGAAGUUUUCAUGAGAAGGGUGAAACAGAACCCAUACACACUGUUUGUGCUAGUUCAUGACAACUCCCAUGUGGAACUAACGAGUGUCAUUUCGGGCUCUUUGUCACAUGGUGAACCUGGCCAUGGAUUGGCUGACAGAGUCAUUAACUGCAGAGAGGUUCUGGAAGCUUUCAACCUUCUGGUGCUCCAGGUUACCUCCUGCCCAUACACUCUGCAGACCCAACAAUCUCGAAUCAGCACCAGCAACGAGGUUCACUGGAUCCAGCUGGACAGCACAGAGGACAUGAACGGUGAGGAAAAGCUGUAUUUCGGCCUAAAUGAGUACAGUAAAUCUCUUCAGUGGGGAAUCACAAGCCCCCUUCUGAGAUGCGAUGAGACUUUUGAAAAAAUGGUGAACACUCUAUUGGAGAGGUACCCCAGGCUGCACAGCAUGGUCGUCCGCUGCUACCUUCUCAUCCAGCAGUACUCAGAGGCACUGAUGGCUCUCACCACCAUGGCGUCGCUCCGGGACCACAGCACGCCAGAAACACUCAGCAUCAUGGAUGACCUCCUCAGCUCCCCAGGAAAAAACAAAAGUGGGAAGGGACACAUGCUCAUUCUCAGGGUGCCCUCCGUGCAGCUGGCGAUGCUGGCCAAGGAGCGGCUGCAGGAGGUGCGCGACAAGCUGGGGCUGCAGUACCGCUUCGAGAUCAUCCUCGGGAACCCAGCCUCUGAACUCAGCGUUGCAACCCACUUUGUGACGCGAUUAAAGACUUGGAGAGGAAAUGAAGCAGAAGAGUGGAUCCCUCGGACAUACCAAGAUCUAGAAGGUCUGCCUUGUAUUGUGAUCUUAACUGGCAAAGAUCCUCUUGGAGAAACCUUUCCCAGGUCUUUGAAGUAUUGUGACCUCCGGUUAAUUGAUUCAAGCUAUUUAACUCGCACGGCCUUGGAGCAGGAGGUGGGUCUGGCAUGCUGCUAUGUCUCAAAGGAAGUCGUUCGAGGGCCCACUGCUGCCCUGGACCUUAGUAGCAAGGAGCAAGAGAGAGCCACAGCCAGCGAGAAUGACGCCGAGGAGCUGCUGAUCGACCUGGAGAGGCCCCAGAGCAAUAGCAGUGCUGUCACUGGAACCUCAGGCUCCAUCAUGGAGAACGGAGUGAGCUCCUCCAGCACAGCCGACAAGUCCCAGAAGCAGCCGCCGACCCCCAGCUUCCAGAGCCCAGGCAACAGCGCGGGGCUGGACGAAGGGGUCUCGGCGGGCAUCGCGGAGCCUCUGAAGCAGGAGUGCGACUCCCUGGGCCCCCCGAUGGCGAGCAGCACCACCUCCAAGCCCUCAUCGUCGUCGUCGGGACCCCGCACCCUGCGGUGGCCGGGCCCGCCCGCCGCGCUGCCCCCGAUAGUGAUCCUGUCCAAGGCGGCCUACAGCCUCCUGGGCUCCCCGAGGGCGGGUAGGCUGCCGGCCUCCGCGGCCCUGCUGCCGCACGCCGACGUGGCCUGGGUCAGCUCGCUGCGGCCGCUCCCGCCCCGGCAGGCCGGCGGCGAGGAGCAGUCGCGCUACUACCGCCAGUGGACCUCGGCCCGGCCGCCAGCAGACUACAGCAACCAGCCCGACCCCGGCUCGGGCACGCGCGCCUGCCACCCGCGCCGCCUGCUGCUGAGCGGGCCGCCCCAGGUGGGAAAGACCGGCUCCUAUUUACAGUUCCUCAGGAUCCUCUUCCGCAUGCUCAUCAGGCUCCUGGAGGUGGACGUGUACGACGAGGGGGAGAUCAACGCCGAUCACAGCGAAAGCAGUGAAGUGAGCCAGUCAGAGGGAGAGCCCUGGCCUGACAUCGAGAGCUUCAGUAAAAUUCCCUUUGACGUCAGUGUGCACGACCCCAAGUAUAGGCUGAUGAGCCUGGUCUACACUGAGAAGCUGGCAGGGGUCAAACGAGAAGCAAUAAAGGAAUCUAAAGUUGAGGAGCCCCGGAAACGAGAAACUGUGUCCAUGAUGCUGACCAAGUAUGCAGCCUACAACACCUUCCACCACUGCGAGCAGUGCCACCAGUACAUGGACUUCACCUCUGCCUCCCAGAUGUCCGACUCCACCCUUCAUGCCUUCACCUUCUCUUCGUCUAUGCUGGGAGAAGAGGUGCAGCUCUAUUUCAUCAUUCCCAAGUCCAAAGAGAGUCAUUUUGUCUUCAGCAAGCAGGGCAAACACCUGGAGAGCAUGCGGCUGCCCCUGGUUUCAGACAAGAAUUUGAACGCAGUCAAGAGCCCCAUCUUCACUCCCUCCAGUGGUCGCCACGAGCAUGGACUCCUAAACCUUUUUCACGCCAUGGAGGGCAUCAGCCACCUGCACCUUCUGGUGGUCAAAGAAUAUGAGAUGCCGCUGUACCGCAAGUACUGGCCCAACCACAUCAUGCUGGUGCUUCCGGGCAUGUUCAAUAAUGCAGGCGUGGGUGCUGCCAGGUUUCUCAUUAAGGAGCUGUCAUAUCACAACCUGGAGCUGGAGAGGAACCGCUUGGAAGAGCUGGGCAUUAAACGCCAGUGUGUCUGGCCUUUCAUCGUUGUGAUGGACGACUCGUGCGUCCUGUGGAACAUCCACAGUGUUGAGGAGCAGAGCGGACAGCCCGUGGAAACAGGAGUUUCCAGUAAGAACGUGUCCUUGAAGAGUGUCUUGCAGCACAUUGAAGCAACACCAAAAAUCAUCCACUACGCAAUCCUGGGCAUACAAAAGUGGAGCAGCAAACUGACUUCUCAGAGCCUCAAGUCCCCAUUCUCUAGGUGCCACGUGCACGACUUCAUUCUCCUCAACAUAGACUUGACUCAGAAUGUGCAGUAUGACUUCAACAGGUAUUUCUGUGAAGAUGUUGACUUUAACCUGAGAACAAACAGUAGUGGCCUGCUCAUCUGCCGCUUUAAUAACUUCAGUCUCAUGAAGAAGCAAGUUCAGGUUGGAGGGCAAAGGGACUUUAUCAUUAAACCAAAGAUCAUGGUGUCAGAGAGCCUAGCACCUAUCUUGCCCCUGCAGUAUGUCUGUGCUCCAGACAGCGAACACACGCUACUGGCAGCCCCUGCACAGUUUCUCCUGGAGAAGUUCCUUCAGCAUGCCUCGUACAAACUCUUCCCCAAAGCCAUCCAGAACUUCAGGAGUCCCGUGUUGGCCAUCGACUGCUACCUUAACAUUGGGCCUGAGGUGGCCAUAUGCUACGUCAGCUCCCGACCCCACUCCAGCAAUGUCAACUGUGAAGGGGUGUGUUUCAGUGGACUCCUCUUGUACCUCUGUGACUCUUUUGUAGGUGCUGAUCUUCUUAAGAAAUUUAAGUUUCUAAAAGGUGCUACCCUCUGUGUCAUCUGCCAAGACAGAAGUUCCUUACGCCAAACAAUUGUCCGCUUAGAGCUGGAGGAUGAGUGGCAGUUCCGCCUCCGGGACGAGUUUCAAACCGCUAACAGCAAUGACGACAAGCCCCUCUACUUUCUUACUGGACGUCACGUAUGAGCUUUUGAAGAGACCAAAACUAGCAAAGGGAUGCCUAGGUGGGGUGGGGCACAAUUAUUUGAGAUUUUUUUUCCUUUAAAGUACAAUCACUGUGGAGCAAAGUGCAACAUAUUUGUCUAUUCUCCAAAGAACCCCUCACAUCUGACCCAGGUCUUUGGGGGCAUCACUCUCCUUCAGUUCCAAUUUCAGGACCUUAAAUUCAGGUUAACUCCACCCAGGUAGUUAUGCAAUUAUGUAAGCCAGGGUCUGCCCAUGGGAGCCUGAGGAGAUGCUUUGGAGAAACAACAUGGAGUCUGAAUUAUUUUUUCUACUACGCUAGGUUGGGGGAAACUGACUCGGCAUUAGCCAGCCUGAAUGUGUUACAUGAGACUCACGCCGUUGGUGUGGAUUCAUUGAAGAUUAACGUUUGAGGCCAGAACCCUCAGUUUCUCUUCAGAUCUGUACUUUGGUACAGUAUUACUCAGGGGUCUGAAAAUGAUAGAAUGUAGAAGAUACUUGUAUUUAAAAAAAAAAAAAAAAGAAGUAGCUUUGUCUUUCUCUGUGCAGUGUUAGUUUUAAGAUUUAUAAUCUUAUAUGUAUUGAAACGUUUGGCAAAAUUUCCACAGGAGUAAAAAGUUUACUAUUUAAACUGAACAAAUUAGUAAAUGCAGAGCAGGCAUUAUGUGUAUUUAUGCAGCUUCUCUUGGCUGAAGUUCUUUUGCUUUAUCCAUUCUUUAAAAACAUUUCCAGUCUCUUAAGCACACCAAAUCUAUGAGAAUAGGGAACAGGGAUUAAUCUUGUACAUGGAGAACCUGACUCGGUAGAUGAGCCAAUUAAGCAGCUUUCAGCAGUCACCCACAUCCAACCUGUUUGGUUGGAAUUAAGCAGUGGGCACCAGCAGAGCUAAGUGGCAGGCAGGCUAAGGAUUUGUGUGGAGUGGAACUAGUGUAUUUCCUUUCCAAGACUAAAGCAACCUUUCCUUUAAAAGAUACACUGAAUGAACAUUAGCUGCCUUAUACUGAUAAUACCAUAGAAAUUGCUGAAUGGGAAACAGAGCCAUAGAAAGAGAGAGGCUGUUUUACUUAAUCCUACCAGUGACGUAGGAUUGACUCAUUAAAAUCAGCAGGGGGUAUUUGUUUAGUAUCAACAGUAGGAGGCAUAAGUUUCUACACAUUUCUUAGCUCAUUAUUUUAAUCAAAAACAUUUUUUUAAAAAUUCUAGAACAAAGUAAGUCUAUUGGAAGUUUACUCUAAAUUACUCCAAUUCUCAUCACUAAAUAAUCUUGACAUUUUUCUCACUAGCCCAUUUUAUCCCCACUUAAAAUGGCCCUUUUUACUUGAAUCUUAUUUGUGGCCCAAACUACUGAGAGGGGCCUACUAAGCCCGUGUUUACUUAGAACAAAUAGUAUUAAUUGACCAGCUUUAUUAGUUUGUGAUAAGGAAGCGUUUACAGCUAGUGAAAGAUGGAAUGUACUAAUCUGAAGAUGGUUUCAGAUCUCUUGAUUUUAAUCUAACUAUUCAUGAUGCUUUAUAUGUAUCUUGAACAAUUCCUUUAAACCCCAUUUUUAAUUGACUUUCAGAGAGGACCUGCUUUCUAUAUGCUUUAAAAAUACUCCUUAAUUUUAAGUACAACAGAAUUUCUGGCAAAGAGGUAUGUUCUGAAGCAGGCGAAUUUAGAUAAGAAUGUAUUUCAGUUGUUCCUGUUUAUUGAAAAGGCCCAAUACAGAUAAUAUCAAGAAACCCACCAUCUGUGCAAUGUUUACUAUAUAGGGCAAAAGAAAAAAAAAUGCUUGAAAUAAUCUUAAAACAGUUGUACCUGAGGCAGAUGGCUUUUCAGGGUUUCUUCUGGCUUUAUGACGUCACAGUCUAAGGAAAAACAAAUUUUUUUAAAGUAGUUACUUUAGCUACAGGGAGUCCAUAUUAGGUAAGGAAAAGAUAAAGUGAUUAUGAUCUCUUAAAUACUAUUUAACUCUGAGGAAGAGAAAUGCCAGAAUAAAGCCCAGAGAUCAUCCCACAAAUGGUGGAGAAUUCAAAUUGACCUGCCUAUUCUUUUCAAUGUCUAUCUUACCAAGGUUUGGGUCUUUUAAAACCAGCAGUUUAAAAUCAUCAGUAUAACUCUUUUAAAGAAUGUUAGGUCCUUCUCCUUUAAGGAUAAAAUUGCACAAGCACAGGACACCAUGCUUAGUACUUCAUACCCUGGCGUGUUCCACUUCGAGCCUUGCCAUCCCGGAGAAUACUGUGGUGUGAAUGUGCUCACUAGGCCUGCAUAAUAAUUGACCUGGAGACCUGUUGAACCUGGCCAUGAUACGACAGUUCACACAGGUCAAUACUGAAUGUAAACUAAAAUUACAAUGAGAAUUGUUGUAUUCGAUUUUUUUGGCUGUAAUUUAUGCAAUUGCUUUUUUGUGAUUUUUAGAAAAGGAGGCACCUGUAUUACUUUAUUACUGUAAAAUUUUCUUAACCAAAAUUUGGUGAAUUUCACUAGCCAGUCUACCUCACAUUUUGUUUAUGAUUCUAAAUUGUCUUAAGUUGUGUCUACAGUGUGUUCUUGUCCUUUCAUUUGAUUUCAUGAAUGUAUUAAAAUUCUCUCCCAUCCUCCAAAAAAA